CCAGAUUCACCUCUGCAGCUCCAUCAUGGACCAAACACAAACAUCAACAAAUGAAGAUUUUUCUCCAGGAUGCAGUUCAGAUCAUCAGAAGAGAUCAGAUACAGAGUCCAGCUGUGUGUCAAUGAAGAGUGACGUGUCUAGGGAUACACCGCUCAACUUUAAGAAUAGAGAUACAAGGCCUGCUGUAAGCCAUGACUUGAAUCUUGCUGAAGUCCUGAACACAUUUAAAUCAAAUCUGAGGAAGAAGUUUGAGUGUUUGUGUGAGGGAAUAUCAAGUGAGAGAAACCCAACAGUACUGAAUGAGAUCUACACAGAGCUCUACAUCACAGAGAGUGAAAGUGGAGAGAUCAGUAAUGAACAUGAGGUGAGACAGAUUGAGACACAAUCCAGAACAACAACAACAGAGGAGACACCAAUCAAAUGUAAUGACAUUUUUAAACCUUUACCUGAACAACACAAACGCAUCAGAAGUGUUCUGACAAAGGGAGUCGCUGGCAUUGGAAAAACAGUCUCUGUACAGAAGUUCAUUCUGGACUGGGCUGAAGAGAAAGAGAAUCAGGACGUCCACCUCAUAUUUCCACUUCCUUUCAGAGAGAUCAAUUUGAUGAAGGAUAAAACACUCAGUCUUUUAGAUCUUCUUCAUCUUUUCUUCCCAGAGACAAAAGAAAUGGAAAUCUUCAGUGAUAAAUAUAAAGUGUUGUUCAUCUUUGAUGGUUUGGAUGAGUGUCGUCUGUCUCUGGAUUUUAAAAGCAGUGUGAAGUUGUGUGAUGUAAGUGAAUUAACCUCAGUGGACGUGAUGCUGACAAACCUCAUCAAGGGGAAUCUGUUUCCCUCUGCUCUCAUCUGGAUCACCUCCAGACCAGCAGCAGCUGAUCUCAUCCCCUCUGAGUGUGUUGAUCGAGUCACAGAGGUACGAGGCUUCAGUGAUCCACAGAAGGAGGAAUACUUCAGGAAGAGAAUCAGUGAUGAGAGUCUGUCUGAUCAAAUCAUCUCACACCUGAAGUCAUCCAGGAGUCUCUACAUCAUGUGUCACAUCCCAGUCUUCUGCUGGAUUUCAGUCACUGUUCUAGAGAGAAUAUUGAGUGAAGCAGAGAGUCAAGAGAUCCCCAAGACUCUCACUCAAAUGUACACACACUUCCUGAUCAUUCAGACAAACAUCAAGCAUCAGAAGCACUAUGACAUUAAAGUGAAGGAUAAAGACAUGAUCUUCAAACUGGGUAAACUGGCUUAUGGCCAUCUUGUGAAAGGCAAUCUUAUCUUCUAUGAUGAAGACCUGAGAGAGUGUGGCAUUGAUGUAGCAGAAGCAUCAGUGUAUUCAGGAUUGUGUACUCAGAUCUUCAGAGAGGAGUUUGGUUUGUAUCAGGGGAAAGUUUACAGCUUUGUUCAUCUGAGCAUUCAGGAACAUCUAGCAGCUCUUUAUGUGCACCUCAACUUUAUAAACAAUCACACACAGCUGUUCGCUGACAAAUCUUUGCAGUUAACUUUAUCUAACUUACACCAGAAUGCUGUGGAUGAGGCUCUUCAGAGUAAAAAUGGACAUCUGGAUCUUUUUCUUCGUUUUCUUCUGGGUUUGUCAGUGGAGUCGAAUCAGAAUCUCAUACGAGGUUUGAUGACACAGACAGAUCACAGCUCUCACAGCAAUGAGGAAACAAUCAAAUACAUCAAACAGAAGAUCAGUGAGGAUCUUUCACCAGAGAAAUAUAUCAAUCUGUUUCACUGUCUGAAUGAACUGGGUGAUCAUUCACUGGUAAAGAAAAUCCAGCAUCAUCUGGAAUCUGGAACAUUAAGUAAAACCAAACUCUCUUCAUCUCAGUGGUCAGCUGUAGUUUUUGUGUUGUUGACAUCAGAAGAGAAGCUGGAUGACUUUAAACUGUCAGAUUUUAUCCGAGGAAGAACCCAAACACUUAAAGAGCUUGAGAAGCUGUUGCCUGUGAUUUGUGAAUCCAGAUCAGUUCGGAUGAUUAAAUGUGGUAUCAUAGAUAAAGACUUUGUUGCUCUGGCAUCAGCUCUGAGAUCAAAUCCAUCACACCUGAGAGAUCUGAAUCUGUCUGAGAAUAAAUUUGGAGAUUCAGGAGUGAAGCUGAUCUCUGAUGUACUGAAGAAUCCUCAAUGUAAACUGGAGAUACUGAGGUUGUGGGGUUGUAAUAUUACAGAUAAAGGUUGUGUUGCUCUGUCUUCAGCUCUGAGAUCAAACCCAUCAUACCUGAGAGAUCUGGAUCUGUCUGGGAAUAAUUUUGGAAAUUCAGGGCUGAAGCUGAUCUCUGAUGUACUGAAGAAUCCCAACUGUAAACUGAACAAGCUGAAGUUAAGUUGGUGUAAUAUCACAGAUAAAGGUUGUGUUGCUCUGACUUCAGCUCUGAGAUCAAACCCAUCACACCUGACACAUCUGGAUCUGUGGGGGAAUAAUCUUGGAGAUUCGGGAGUGAAGCUGAUCUCUGAUGUACUGAAGAAUCCUCAAUGUGAAUUAAUGAUGCUGAAGUUGAGUGAUUGUAAUAUCACACCUGAAGGUUGUGUUGCUGUGUCUUCAGCUCUGACAUCAAACCCAUCACACCUGAGAAAUUUGGAUCUGUCUGGGAAUAAAUUGGGAGAUUCAGGAGAAAAGCUGAUCUCUGAUGUACUGAAGAAUCCUCAAUGUAAAUUGAAAAUUUUGUGGUAAGGUUUAGGUAGGCCUAGAUCCUGGUGCCUGACAGAUAUGUCGCCUCUGCACUCUGACUGACUGACAGCCUCCAUUUCACUGCUAUGAAGAACACACACAGGAUGGCAGAAAUGCCUUUAACCCAGUCUUCACUACAUUGUUAUAGUAUCGUUGUUUGUUGUUUACUGUAUGUGGCAAUAUCUAUGUUUUGUAUUUGAUGUACAUUAGGUAUUUGUUCUUAUUCUUGUUCUUAUUGUUGUUAUAAUAUAUAUAAUAUAU